UUUUUUCUUCCUUUCCCCUAGAUUUCUGAGUCCACUCAACAUGCUGCUUGGCGGUACCGUGGUGGUGCUGGUGUUCAUGGGGUUUGUGUGGGCAUCGCACAACAAGGAUAUACUUGGCAGGUUUAAGAGGCAGUACCCAACUGCGUUCGUGGCAGCUAUCAUGUUGUCUAGCUACUUCCUGAUCUCCUGUGUUGGAGAUGUCAUGGUGUUCAUAUUUGGGAUCACACUUCCUCUGCUGUUGACUUUUAUCCACGCUUCCCUGAGGCUCCGGAACAUAAAGAACAAACUGGAGAAUAAAAUGGAAGGAAUAGGCUUGAAGAAGACCCCAAUGGGCAUAAUACUUGAUGCUCUUGAACAGCAAGAAGAGAGCAUCAACAAACUGGCUGACUACCUUUCUAAAAUUUUGAACUAUCGUUAACAUGUCAGACUAUACCCCGUGUCGUGGGCACAUCUGAAUGGAACAAUGCAAAUUCCACAAAGCGCAUGUAGGAGAGGCAUGUCAGCCUCAUAUCUCAGCAAGGCCCUUGUUCUAGUGGACUCUCUGGAAGUUGGGCUGUUCACUUCAGCAGAGCCAGGAUUUUGCAGUUUAAUAAAAUCUUGCUUAUAGCGAGGAUUCUGCCCUAUUUGGCGUUCUGAAAAUAUCUCUUGCCUCAUUCCGCUCGAGAGCGGAGAAACAACAACGCAAGCUAAAAUACAGCUCUUACUAAUUAACUUGUUCACUUCUGGCACUGCUCAAGGGAAAGGAGGCUCAACUUCAGGUUUACGAAUAAAAGCAAUAAAUCAAUAGAUGCGCACACUUCUAGAACCCAUUCCAAAUUUUUGCAAGAAACUGCGUGCACCACUUCACAGUGUUUUGGUUUUUUUCCAGUAAACUUUUAGCUUGAAAUGCCAGUUCUGAGUGCCAUCGUAAGUUCAGGAAUUGUCUAAACUUCAUGCCAGGAAAACAUGUUGUCCAGUUUAACAUGGCAUAGGGGUGUGGGGCUAUCCCUCUUGUGUGUAUCACCUCUGUGUGAAGUAUGGAGCUGUAAUUGUUUUUCCACCCUACAUUGUGGAUAAAGUAGACUUUCCCCCUCCAAAGCCUUCAGAAAGUGUAUAUAACCCUUGCACCUAUUUGUUCUAGAAGCCUGAACCACCUCAUUCCAUGCAAACAUUAUGAAAUGAUCAGUAUUUAUUCUAAGCAUGUCUCUGUAUAUUCCAGGAUAAGAAGCAAGGGCCUGCUCCUUAUUCUUUUGUCUUUAGUUUUGAUGAGUAUUUCCAUACGUGCAUUACAGAAGAAAUGCUAGCUUCUGCCAUCAUGGUUAAAUUGUAGCAUUUAAAAAAAAAAAACCACAGUUGUGAAGAAUAAAGUUUAACAAGUGAAA